AUGGCCAGUAGCGCCACCGUUGAGCCAAUCUCAAUGGUGGCUAGUACAAGCUGGUACGGUGAUGACGGACAAUGGGGAACAGUAUAUAUCGCUGUAGGCGACAGCCCCCAGGUUUUCGCCGUUCUUCCCAAUACCGCCGGAGUCGAUAUUCUCGCUGUCAAUUACGAGGGCGGAUGCGUGAAUGUCUCGUCUACAAUCUGCUCAUCUUCACGCGGAGGCGUCUUUAUGCCCAGCAAUUCGACCACCUGGGUAUCCGACAUUACUCGAGAAGCAACCUACAAUGGCGUCGGAGUUGAUGGCCUUAAUGCAACCUAUGGAACCGAUUACAUUACCUUUAACUUGGACCCGGAGAAUGAUCCAGACAAUUCCAGAGCGGCGUCUAGCAAUGUACCUUCUGCAGUAGGCACAUUCAACAGCACUGAUAAUUGGAUUGGCUACAUCGGUCUUAGUGUAUACAGAUCCGACACGAACGUUUGGGAUUUACCCACCUUUAUGGAGAGUAUUUGGGAUAAUCGUUCUGCCGCCCCAAGCUGUUCCUACGGAUAUACCGCGGGCGCUUACUACCGGCUGAAAGGAGCCCCGGCCUCGCUCACCAUAGGCGGUGUCGAUGAACUUCGAUAUGAGCCAAAUAACGUUAGUUUCAACCUCUCGUAUCAGGGACUCCCCGUUGCCUUGCUGUCCUCGAUCGAAGUGCUUUCUGUGGACGCGGACGAUGAUUCUACAACGCUUAUUGAAACUCUCAUUGAUUCAUACUUCACUCUCGACUCUUCUACCUCUUACAUUUGGUUACCCGAAUAUACAUGUGAUAUGUUUAGUCAAGCGCUAAACCUCACCUAUAAUGAAACCCUUGAGCUGUAUACAUAUCCCACUGGAGGCUAUGAAGACCUUUCCUCCUCCAAUAUCUCAUUCACAUUUACCCUCAGCGGCACUUCGGACUAUUCGACUAGCGUCAGCAUCACCCUUCCGUUCUCCGCAUUUGAUCACAACAUCAGCUAUCCAUAUCCAAACUUCAACCCCAACGAGACCACUUCGGCGACUUUGCCUUAUUUUCCCAUUAAGCGGGCUCCAAAUAGCAACGAGUAUCGCAUAGGGCGUGUCUUUUUCCAAGAAGCUUAUCUCGUUGUUGACUAUGAACGCCAAAACUUUUCGGUCUAUCAGGCUUCUUUCAACUCCUCCAUUAUGACCAAUACCAACAUCGUUAGCAUUGACCCUCCGCUCAACAGCGUAUAUCCCGGAUGGAAUUCACAAAAGUUCUCACGAGGUACGAUAGCCGGCAUAGUAAUCGGCUCCGUGGCUGGCUUUGCUUUUAUUAUUUUCAUCAUCUGGUGGUUCUUUUUCCACCAAGGGUAUCAACUUAGUGUCAGCCGGCGGGGGCCAAAGCCAAAGGAUUCCAAGGAGGAGAUAUCUGUCAACCAAGACCGGAGCCUGGCGCCUCGACGCUGGAAAAACUGGAGGUACAAAGGCCGCGCUGAAUUGGGGGGUGACCAUGUACAACCAUCUGAAUUACCAGCAAUGGCCAUGAUUCACGAAUUACCAGGCUCCAUGCCUGGUACUACAGAUCAACCUAUGACUCCCGGACUUAAACAAAAUGUGCGGCGGAGCGCUAUUUCGGCGGCAGGGUCCAGCAUCGUCUCUUUUUCAUCAGCAGCACGCACAUCUGUAUCAUCUGACGGCAGUUUUGACGAAGAAGAAUUGGUUUCGCCACAGGCGAAUUCCCGGCCACCCUCUAUCGCCAAAAAUCAUUUCCUCACUGCCGACGAGGCAGCAGAAAACACACAUGCAAGUGAAACUGAAGCCAAUCAACGAACACGAACUUGGCCUGGUGAGAUUGUGGUUGGACCGUCGGCAUCAACUGAUACAUCGACGGAUAGCUCAGACUGUACAUCGGAAAGUUCAUUUUCUUCAUAA